AUGUUUUUGAAACAGCAAGCGGCACUUCUGGCAGGUCUGCUUCCAUUAGCAAGUGCAUACCGACUUGUGUUCUAUACUGGCUUCGAUUGCAAUGGCGAAAGGCUCGGAGCUCGACAAGCAGUUCAAGACGGCACCUGCUACGACCCUAGUCCUCUAGGUUCGCAAACCAGCUCCGUCCUGAUCGUUGCUGAGGAGGGUGACGAUCCCCUGUCGACAGUGGUGUUCUUUCCAAAUGGUGUUGACUGCGCUCUCACCGAGUCCAUCUCGACUGGCAAUACCGGCUGCGUCAACGUCUACCAAGGAGACUCGUUUGGAGGAUACACUGUCAUCAGUGGAGAAACUAAGAGAAGAGAAGUUCAGGAAGAAGCCCCCACCUCUGCCAUAGGCAUCACUCAUGGCGACUUCUUCGAGAUGGAUGGCGAACUAUGGCGCUGGAACCAGAUUGCCCAGGAUACCUUCUCUGGUGUUAAACCUGAGGAUUGGUCCGGCACCGCUCGCCUCGCUAACUUUGCGCCACUUGAGUAUGGCAGAGACUUCCCUUUCAACUUCACUCAAUACGAUCUUGAGAAUCCGUCGUCGUCCAUCAUGGAACGCGCCGUUACCGCCGCUUCUGGGCUCAAUGCAGGCUCUACUCCAAACUCUCCCCGUGAGGUAGAAGAACUGUUCGAGCGUCAAGACAUCUGCCGGAGAAUCCGUGAAUGCGUCUAUGGUUUCCCUAUCCUGGCCAACUACUACUUCCCUGAGCAGACCGAACGCGUCGUCAAUCAGAUUAAUGCCGCAAAGCCAGCAGCGGAGAGCAUCUGGAACUUCCUGAAAAAUCCGUACGUUUCUAGUUUCAGCGUGGGUCUGGCAACUGGCGCUAUUGGCGCUCGGUACUUUGGCUCUGCACCAGACUGCAUCCCGGGGCCAGAGUCAGACGCCGUUCGCACCACCAUCAAUGAAGGUACCACGACCGCCAGCCGUGUUAGCGCUAUCCGCACCGACGUGCUGGCUGGUGGCAAUGGAGCGGGUACCUUGACUACCGUCAUCGUGCCUCCCGACCAGCGCGGUACUGGUAUCUGCAACACUCCCGUUACGGACCCUUCACCAACAAGGUUUGCGCUCUCACGUCACAAGCGAUCGCUGUACGCUAGAGUUCCUGGUUUCGAGGAAUGGCUGAAGACCAAGAACUUCGCGCUCUAG